UUGCGCGGGAACGAGAGGUAGGUGAAAUAUCCCGGCUGUGUGCCCCUUGUAUUGUUAUGAACACUCUUCUCUCACUACUGGAGUAAUUCAUCAUACACGAAGCCAGAAUGAAGAUCACCAUUCCUGAAAUCUCGUGGCACAACAGAGAUCCGGUGUUUUCUCUCGACAUUCAGCCAAACCCCCAGGAUGGCAUGUACCGGCUGGCCACCUCUGGCUCAGACACACACGUUGUGAUUUGGCAGCUCCGUGUGUUGGACAACGGUGGAGUGAGUGUGGAGGUGCUCAGUGACCUCACGCGACACAACCGGGCAGUUAAUGUUGUCAGGUUUUCACCAGAAGGAGAUUAUUUGGCUUCAGCUGAUGAUGAGGCUGCAAUAAUACUCUGGAAGAAAGAAGAUUCAUCUGACAUGUUCAUGGAAGAAUCUGAAAAAGAGAACAAAGAGCAUUGGACUAUUUGGAAAAUGCUGCGUGGCCACUUGGAGGACGUGUACGACCUGUGCUGGUCUCCGUGCUCACAGUUCCUUCUCACAGGAGCUGUGGAUAACACUGCAAUACUCUGGGAUGUUACUAAAGGUAAAAGCAUCAACAUAUUAGGUGACCACAAAGGAUUUGUUCAGGGUGUGGCGUGGGACCCUCUUGGCCAGUAUGCUGCCACUUUGUGUUCUGACAGGUGCUGCAGAAUAUACAGUAUUGGAACCAAGAAAAUCGCCUUUAAAAUGUACAAAGCAACCUUGCCCUUAGUAAAUGAGGAGGAUGUGAUUACUGAGAAAAUAACAAAGCUAUUCUAUGAUGACACCCUUAAGUCCUUCUGUCGCCGCCUGAGCUUCUCCCCAGAUGGAGAGGUGCUCCUUACUCCCUCAGGGAUUGUGGAAGAAGAGAGUGGCAAAAUCACAAAUGUUACCUACGUGUUCUCUCGUCACAACCUUUCAAAACCUGUCCUGUACCUUCCUACCAAAGACAAAUACACAGUAGCUGUCAGAUUCUGCCCGGUGUUAUAUGAGCUGAAGCCUCUACCUCGAGAAGAAGGGUCAUUACAGGAAAAUGAUGAGCCCCUUGAGCCAUGGCAGGAGUACUCCAAUCUCUUUCACCUGCCGUACAGGAUGAUAUUUGCAGUCGCCACUCAGAAUGCUGUCCUCCUCUAUGACACUCAACAGCCUGUCCCAUUUGGCAGACUUUCCAACAUUCACUAUACUCAUCUUAGUGACCUGUCCUGGUCCUCAGAUGGGCGCAUAUUAGUGAUGUCUUCAACAGAUGGGUACUGUUCUCUAGUAUCUUUUGCCGAAGGUGAGCUUGGCACUCCUUAUGUUGGAAAAAGAAAUAACACAUCCAACUGUGAAAAAGAGAAGGAGGCUGACUCUAGUAAAGCAGAAGACAGUGCAACCACAGAGGAUGUAGAGAUGGAGGAAGAAAGCAAAACACCUCCCAGUAACAAACCAGAGAAUGCAAAAUCUUCUAUUAGUACCUCAGACAAGUCACCUGAGUACAAAAAUGGAGAGUCUAAGAAGUCUUCCAGUUGUACAUUAGACAAGACAUCUAAGAAGAGUAAAGAGAGUAAAGCAAAUUCUAGUAUCACUCCAGAAGAAUCAUCUACUGAACAAAAGGAUGGAGAGAACAAAAAGAGCAUAACAAGUUCCAAGACCACACCAGAGGAAUCAUCUAUUGAACAAAAGGAUGAAGGGAGCAAAGAAAGCGUAACAGUUUCCAAGAGCAUGCCAGAAGAAUCAUCUUCAGUACAAAAAGAUGGAGAGAGUGGAAAGGCUCCCACUAGCACAUCAGUAGAAAGCACCCCUGAACAAGCACCCAAGAAGCAGAUGACUGUAAGAAGAGCAGGAGACAGCUCAAAAUCUACAAAGAGAAUAGCCUUGAUCACUCUCUCUGGUCCCUCCCACAAGACUGAUGAGAACACUCCAGUUACCAAAGCAGAACCAUUGCCUUCAUCUACCAGUCCAGCAAAGAUUCAGGAAGAAGCAGCAGAUGUUGAUGAGGAAGUGAAGAAAAGAUUUGAAGGAGAAUCUGUAACACCCACUAAAGUUUCAAAGGUUCCUUCUCCAUCCAAGACCCCAUCAGGCAAAACACCUCGCCGAGUUCCCCUCAUUACCCUUUCCAGUCCCAAGGGGAAGAAGAGUAGUAAUGAAUGUAGAUGAAGACCAUAGUGACAGGUACUGCUAGUCUCUCAUGAAGUCUUGAAGAAAAUUUUUGCUUUUGCUUUCAAUGAAGGUAUCACUUGAUAUUUGCCUUUACUUUUUGUAUGUACAUAGGCCAUUGAAAACUAUUUACCAAUUUAUUUGGUUCUUUGAAAAGUACAUAACCUUUACACUUUUUUUCACAUUUGUUUAUGAUUGUAAAGCCUCAGCAUCAACUUCAGUCACAAUGACUUUUUUCCACCCUUGCCUUUGUGUGGCAUACUGGGGACAAGAGAUUAUGCUCCUGGCAGUUACAUUGUCAUUAUUUAAAGGAACUGAAAUAGCUUUACAUGAUUGUGUUUGCAGUAAUGUCAUAUUGUCAGUUCAUAUAUAAUUUUUAUAACAAAUUAUUUAUUUAUUUUAAAACUAAUAUAAAGAUAAAUGUUAUCAUUUAUCUCCUUGCUCUGGGAGUAGGAAGAAGUCAGUGUAACUGGGUUUGAUGCAUUUACCAAGCAUAACAAAUCAACUAUGGUAUGCAUAUUUACAAAGAUAUUUUUCCCUGAAUUUUUACUACUUCAGUUCUGUGCAAAUAUUGCUGGUUUGUGAAGUUCCAGUGGAUUUAGAAAAAAAAUAUAUGCAGUUUUUUUUUUAUUUAUUUGUUUAUUUAUUUAUUUAUUUAUUAUUAUUAUUAUUUUUUUUUUUUUUUUUAUUGUGGGGGGCAGGGGGGAUUUGGGCAAUGGACAUCAUACUUUACUAUUGAAGGUUUUGUAUAGUCUUUUUAGACUGGGUGAUGUCUUCUAGAAAAGAGGAUUGGAGUUUUUACAUUAUUCUGUGCCUUCCUCUAUUCUUACUCUUCUAUAUGCUAUCCCAGGGUGAUGCUGGGCUGGGGACCCAAUCACCCUUGUCCAUUUUUCCUGUUCUCCAAGUGGUGAUGGGGAAUCACAGAUAGAGCUUUGAUUUGCUUCCCAGAGGCAGCUGAAUGCCUGUGGCUGAGUGUUGACUGGCACUGAAUUUACCUCAACUGUCAAUAAGUCCAGUUGUGAGGAGCACUUGGAGCUGUCUUGGAUGGUGUGGUACUUCUGUCUCAGGGUUGCUGGGUAUGUUUUGUGUCUGAGGAUCCCACUAUACAUUAAUCCCCAGGGCAUCUUUUUAGAAAUGUGGGUAAUGGACAAAUCCUUGGCACUCUAAUCAUGGUGGAUCUGGAUGUUGGAUUUUGUAGUGUGAGAUGAAAGCUUGUAUGAAAUUUGCUACCUUUGUUUCUGGAACAUUAGAAUGUCCCAGUCCAAGCAGCCACUUAGCACUGGUUGUUGCUAAUAUAACCAUGGCACAAGAUGCCUGUCAUCUAGGCUUGCUGUGGUCACAGUCACCCUAAUGUAUUCCCAGCUUUUUCUCUUUCAAGGUGUUUGGCUGCUCUCCUUUUGAAACAGUGGCUGCUUGUUAGUUGCAUUAAGUUGGUCUGAAAUUUUUAAGAAAUUUGUUUGUAAUACAUGAAAAGUUAAUUUAUAAUGAAUCUGAUGUACAGUUUUUUUUCUAUGGAGCUAUAUUGGAAUGGUAUACUUAGUAUGUAAUAAUAAUUUUUCAUAAGCUGUACUUUUGGCACUAAUUUUAACCAUGAAAAAUAUUUAGUCACAAAAACCAUGCAAUCAUUUUCACUACAGACUAAUUUUUCAUACUGGUGGCUGUUUCCCACACAUGCUGGGUAGCACCAAAGAAAAAACAGGAUGCACUGCCUCAUUUUUAAAAUAGUACAUGAAAAAAUAGUUUUUACGAAAUUUGUCAAAACAAAAAUUUUCCUUAAAGUUUUACACAUAGAUUCCCCUUUAAUGCAGAUUUACAUGUCUUACCUCUUUUUUUUUUUUUUUUUUUUUUUUUUUUUUUUUUUUUUUUUUUUGUGUGUGUGUUUUCAUAUUUUUUUAUUGUUCUAUUUACAACAGUCUAUUAUACAUCAUUUACAGUUACAGUAACUGGAAGAAGUUCCACACUGGUCUAGCAUUGCUUUGUUCAUUUCUUUCUCCAUUGUUGUUGUUACAUGUCAGGCAGCAGCCUCAUUUCUAAGUAUACCAGUUUGAUGAACCAGUGCACUGUUAAAUGGUAUGUACAACUGGUAGCUAUGUUAUUGUCAAGACUUGUUACCUGUUUUAUUUAGACUUUUAAAACUUGCAAUAUCUACAAGUAAUCUGUUGAUUCUAUAAUCCUGUAGUAACUUAUAGAGGGACUGAAAAACUGAGUCUUUAACCAAAGUUGCAUUGAUGAGGUUAAGACAAAUAUUAGUUACUGGUAUGAGAUAAGUAUUUUUGAAUGUGAGCAAAAGAGGUUCCUCUGUUCCAUUGUGCUCCCUACAGAUAUUAUCGUAAAGAGAAACAAAGAAAACCAUGCAUGAGGAUAAAAAAAAAUAAUUACACAUGGCCACCCCAAUCCUUUUGUACAUGUUGCUACUGCUUAUUCAACUGGUAAAAAUUGUUGUACAGAGCUUCAUUUUCAUUGUUAUUUCAUUUAUGGGCUACCUUUCACUACGCAAUGUCUCUAACUUUUUUUAAUAUUAAGCUUUUUCCAGUCUUCUUGCCUGAAGUAUAAGAAAAUACUAUGAUUGGAAGGUGAUGCAGCAUGUGCACACUCCUCCCAGUGAACUGGACCUAUCACAGAAUGCUUGGGUGGAAUGGUGGCUGCCAUUUUAUGUCAACAGCAACAGAGAAGAAAGUGAAAUGUACAAGUGUAUAUUUCCAGAAUUGUCUUUUUCCAGAGAGAGUAAUUUUGCACAAGGUAUUAUCUCUUGUUCCAGUGCUUUAAAGUAUUUAUGAAUCAGGAAUGUUAAAUUAAAAAGGUAACUUUUAAGAAAGUCUUACUUUUGUAUAUUAAUUAAAUACUUCACAAAAGUAAUAUCAUUGUUUACCCUCUCAUCAUUAACAUUUUUAACCAUUAAUAUUGUUAGUUAUUACAUGAAAAGAUAUCAUGGAAUUGGAAAGAGUUAUUUGACUCUAAUGCAAACUUUUACAUAUUGUAAUAUGAACAUUAAACAAAGUUUUAAUAACUGAUGCCUCAUGGGUAAAUCACAAAGCAUAGUCUGGUGUUGAUUUUGUGUUAACAUUUAAUGUAAUAAUUUUCAUAGGAAAUCUGAAUUGCCCUCACUUUCUGUACCCAAAACUUUUAACAGUAUGGCUGCCCUUAAAUGAAAUAUAUAGUAAUGCAAUGCUUAUGGUAUUGAAAUCAUCAUCAUAACUAAUUAUUAUCUAUUAUAGGGCUCUAUCCUUUGUCAGCCUCAUUAACAAACAUAGCAAAUUGAUGAAGUGAGAAAUGGAUGUUUGAACAAAUUUUAGAAGCAUUAGUUGAUUUAGUAUAGCAAUGAGUAUUACAAUGGUUUGGGCAUGUAGAGAGAAUGGAUGAAUAGAUGUUGAAUAAGAUAACUAGAUCUAAUGAGAGAAGUAUAAGGUUAAAAGGAAGACCUCAAACAGGAUGAAGGGAUGCAGUGAAAAGAACAUUGGAUUGAAGAGGGAUGUUUUUGGGACAAAUAGAAAUGGUAUCUUAUGAUAGGGAUGACUGAAGAGCAAUUGUGAAUGCAUAAACAUGGAUGAUAAUAUAAUUGUGAAUGUGAGUGCAUCUUGUCUUGGUUAUUCCCUUUGGCAUUUCAUACAGCUAGAAUCAAAGUAAAUGAACUGAUAUUACAUAUUGCACUAGAAAGUUGGGCUGUGAGGAAAAUAUACUAACCAUCAGUGACAUUACAAAUUAAUUUUUAUUUUUGGUGCUCUUAAGAGCUUAGAGUAUUAAAUGAAGUUAUGUGCUGAAA